AUGAUUUAUGUCGAUGAUUUUAAUAAUGAACAAGAUAUCGAACAUCAGAUUACGACAAUGAAAGUAGAAGUUGAAAUUGCAACAACAAAUAUUGAUUUAUUGAACAGUUUGUGGAAGAAAACAUUCAGUUAUCGUCGAUUAUUCGUUCGACCACACACAACUGAUGAAUUAGUACAGAAAUUUCCCGGUUACACAUAUCCUUGUCUGAUUUUCGAAGAAGUAAAAAUGACCGAUGACAUUGAUGUCGAACAAAAUGUAAAUGAAAUAUUGCCUUCUUUAUUUGAGAAAUUACCAAAUAAUAUUUUGUUUCUUUCUGUCUCAUUUCAUCAUCUCGAUACUACACUGGAAAAUUUUGAUCCUUAUCCGCCCCUCUCCUUAACAUCUUUAAUUAAUAUUAAUCAAGAACUACACGAUCUGUCGUCUGGUUCAUCUGAAAAAUCGGAAGCAGCAACAAGUACUGAAGCAGUACAAGAUCCAUCCUCCUCCAUCACCACAAAUAAUGAAUCAACGUUAUUAGAAGACAUUAUCAGUUUCGAUCCAGUAUUGACAACAGAACAACGAAGAAAACGAAGACUCGUAUCGACACCCAAAGAACGACAAUCGUCAUUACGUUUAGCAGCUAAACGAAGUCGACAAGGACAAUCUUCUUUGCGAUUGUAAGCGAUUUUUUUCUUUGAUAUUUUCUGGUUUUUCACUCUCAUUGUUAUGUACAUUAUUUUGUUUAAUAUUUUUAUGUGAUAUGUCACAUAUUCAUGAGGUAAAUAUUUUUGAUUCUUCAUUGUUUUCACUUGUUAUUUUUUGCGAGCAGAAGAAGGUAGAAUAAAUAACAGAACAUAAUUAAAGCACCGUACAAAAAGAAACGCGGGAUAGGGCAAAAAAGGGUUCGAUAUCGAACCAUUUGAAUUUGCGGCCACAGCCUUUUAUCCUAAAUCAACAAGAAAGGUGACGGAACCCUUUUUCGGCUUGAACCUUAAAAGGUUCUUUAAAUGGUACCCAAUUCUUGAACCUUAAGAGGUUCUAUCUUUUUUUAGAGAGUACAACUCGUUAAAGAAAGGCCUAAAAUAAAAUUUGGUCAAAAAUAAUUACACAUUUUUUACACAGACCGCUUUUUUCAGGGCAUUUGCCGCGAUGCUUGUAUCUCCACGAAAACUCAUCGGGACAUUUUGUGUUUUAGUUACUCUAACGUAUUUCCGAUAUCUUUCGAACUUUUUUGUUCAAAUUCAUGUUCAUUUAUUUUAGUCUGUCGUUCAAUUUUAAAUAAUUGUGUAUUCUUUUUUGGCCUUUGCAGUGAUACUCAAACGGCACACUAUCCAUUAAAACUCACAUAUAAAACAGAGAAGGUAUUUUUCACUAGGAACAUGCUGUAUGACUAGUGUCUUUCGAUUGUGGCAUGUAUUGUCAACACAUUUUUCUAAGUAAUUUUCUGUUAUCAAUAGUUCUGUCUAAGAAUGAUUAAUGAACAAUUCAGCAUACAUGGUAAAUGUCGUUUUUUCAGCUUAUAAGAACAUUUUUGUCUGGACAGUAAUUGUUUUGAUCCCGUAAAAAAUGCAGAACGGGGCCCGUAUACUAAAAUUUCGAUAAAAAUAGUAGAAAUGAUUCCGGAUUUAGAAAAAAAUAUUUUCGACAGAAUUGAUCCAGGAAUAAACUAAUUUUUAUAUUUAUUGUGCAGAAUUGAUCCCGGAAAACUUUUUUCUUUCUGCGAACAAGAGAAUUGAUCCCGGUUGACGUGUGUAGUGGUCACAUAAGAUCCUCUUUCUCAAAGCUC